UCAAUCACACAGUCCUACUAUUUUCUACUACAGGCGCACCUACUUGAGAUCGAGGUCAGCAAGUGCUGGUUUUGUACAAGUAAAAUUUGCUGAUAAUCUGUUACUACUACUACUACUACUACUGCUGGGAGAUCCAGGUAUUUUUAAGGAUGGAACAGCUCAGAAUAGCUUUCUGCAUAUUAAUGUACUUCUCAGUUUCCGUAACAACAGCAGUUGAGCUUGAUAUUCCUGAAGGAUUCAAAUAUGACCAAAAUGGCUAUGUAGCCUACUGUCCAUGUAUGGGUCGUUUUGGGAAUCAGGCAGAUCAUUUCCUUGGAGUACUGGCAUUUGCUAAGGGUCUGGAUAGAACUUUAAUCCUACCACCAUGGAUAGAGUAUGCAUAUAUGAUGCCUAGUUCUAUUCAAGUACCAUUCGAUAAAUAUUUUCAAGUGGAACCAUUAAGAAUGUUUCACAAAGUUAUUACUAUGGAAAAAUUCAUGGAAGAAAUUGCUCCAGUGUUAUGGCCACCUGGCAACAGAAUAGGAAUUUGUUUUCGAUUUCGUGAUGGUGAUACAUGUGCUAUGAAAGAGGGCAAUCCAUUUGGCCCAUUCUGGGACAACUUCAACAUAGAUUUUGAUAACUACCGCAGCUAUCAACCCCUGUCGUAUUCCACAAAUCAACACAAUAUACGAGAAAAGUGGGAUGAACGCUUUCCUGUUUCUACCUUCCCGGUACUUGCUUUCUCUGGGGCACCAGCCUCCUUCCCAGUUACAGAAGAGAAUCGUAAACUACACUAUUUCUUACGAUGGUCUGACUAUAUCAACAAGGAGGCAGAUGAUUUUAUAGCAAAAGAAUUAUCAAAUGGUCCAUUUGUUGGUAUUCACCUCAGACGAGGUUCUGACUUUAAAAAAGCUUGUGAACAUGCAAGCUCUGGCCGCCAGUUUUUUGCAUCACCGCAGUGCCUGGGGUUCAACAAUGAACAUGGCCAAAUGUCCGAUGAACUGUGUUAUGCUGACUGGAAGACAAUCAACAAACAACUUAAAAAGACAAUCAGACUAAUCAAAGCAACAGCAGUCUUUGUGGCAACUGAUCAUGAUCCCUCUGUGAAGGAAUUAAAAAACAACUUCAAGAAUGUCAAGGUAAAAAUUAUUCAGCGAACACCGAGUGAGCCACACAUUGACUUAGCAAUUUUGGGCAAAUCAGACCACUAUAUUGGCAACUGUGUUUCUUCAUUUUCUGCUUUCGCUAAACGUGAGCGAGAUGCAAGUAACAAGCCGUCAUCCUUCUGGGCAUUUAAUGAAAAAGGACAUGUCAAAAAUAAGACUGAACUGUAGUCACAUCACAUAAUAAAUAGUGUUAAACACACCUAAGUAGAUCCUUGUCAUUGAUUAGUAGAUUUUGUUUCAUGUUACAUUAGGUAUUUACACCAGUUAAUGGCAAAACAACAGUGCAUUUUUUGAUUUACAUCACUUUAACAAACAUCUAAAUGGAUAAAUCCAAGGUCGCCUUUCCACUCAGGCAUGAAAUUAUCGAUUAAAUAGUUCAAAAUGCUGACAUAGUUUUUAAACAAAAAGCGAGUGUUGUACUUGCCGUCUGUAUUCACUGAAAAAAUUGGAGUAUACAAAUUGCAUGAAAGGAAACUACUAAAUGUCCUAUGUCCUGUGCAGCCUGUGUUGUUAUACAAAUAAUGAAUGUUUAUGAGUGCAAUGGGAAGAAUAUUUUCAAGAGUUGAAAGAUUGACUGUUCCAUUCAACAAAGCAGAGCCAAGUUGAAUGGAACAGUCAAUUUUUCAAUGAAUGAAAAUAUUCUUUCCAUUGGGCGAAUAAAAACAUUCAUUAUUUGUUUUAUAACACACCUAAAAUAGAUUUUUUGUCAUUUGAUAUUUUAUGCAAACAAUCUACCUUUUUUCUGAAUGGAGAUUCUUGUUAUUUGAUAUUUUAUGAAAAAAUCUACCCUUUUUCUCAGUAGAACAAUCCCAUGUCUUUUGACCAGUCAAAAGAUUGUAUUAGGUUGAAGUCAUAUCGCUUUCUAGGCACCGUGCAAUGGGCAAAAACGGAUGGAAAGAAAAUACAUGGAUGGAAAUAAAUUUCUUUGGGGAUGACAAAAUGUGGUAAAUAUACAAUGUCAUACGAAAUCCACCAUUCAAAUUACAAGGAUCUAUUGAGGUGUGUUAUAAAUUUUAUUUUUUUUAUAUUAUUCAAUUUCCAAGACAAAAAACAAAGCAAAUAAACAAAACUACAAUAGUUCCUGCGGGUGACCAAAAUAAAACAAUUCAAAGAAUUGCAGUGUCGAGUGGCUUUCCCAACUAAAAGUACAUAAAAAGAACCAAAGCCGACCCACCCGUUGAGUAUCUCCACAAGACGAGUCAACAACUUGUGGCAUAUGGAACCCAUUCCAAUCAACUGGGACCCAUUAAUGAAAUGCCGCACACCCUGCCAAUGUCCCAGUGGACCAGACCAGAUUUCCCACUACCACAUCCAAAGAUCCCUUUUAAAUAAAUAGAAAUAUAAAAUUCUUCUAUUUGCAAUGUUGCAUUUAUCCUAUGAAUAUGCUUUUCUAUUUUGUAUUUUGAUUUGAUAAAACUAAUUAAACCAUUCACAAUUGGAUUUUGUUUUAUUCUACGUUGAAAAUAAAUAUAUUGUUUACCUAUAAGUAUCAUGUGAUUUAAAGCAUUGUAUGAGUUGAAAUAUUGACUAUUCCAUUAAAUGGAACAGUCUGUCUUUCAAGUCAUAAAAAUAUUCUUCCAUUGCACUCUUUCAUCAUUUUGUCUACUAUACAUGAAACGGUACAAUGUAUCAAUAUUUUGUAAGGUCAAGAUUUUCAGCAUUUAAAGACAGUGUGACUAUGUGUGUCUUAGUUGUGUUAGUGAUAAAAACAAUGUACAGUUUUUGUGUCUACUGGCCUGGUGUAGACACAUGGACACAUAGGCUAUCAUCUGGCAAUUGACAUUGUAAGAGUAAAUCUGGUGAAGGAAUGAUGAGAUGGGUCUGGGGAUGGGUCAUAAGUUAAAAAUCACGAACCCUCGACGAUUUGAAAUGUACAAUAUCAAUAUAACAAUGAGCCAAAUAUACUUUCCAAUGUGAAUAAAUUGUACUUUUGAACCAUAAAAGGGCUUCUAUACUCAACCUAUAUGCUGUUUGGAAGACUGAAAAUGCACACUAACUAAUGCUUGCAGAACCAUGUUUUUCAGUUCUUUCACCAUUUUUUUGCUUAAUAAUAAUGUGAUAAGUGGUACUGAAUGAACAGAGUUGAGCAUUUGGUUAAUUGCUAUGAAGAUGAUCUUUUUCUGUGCAUAAAUUUAUCUGUAAACAAAACAUUUGUGACACAUGGUAUAUUAUAGAAAUAUAUGGAUUUAUGCUCAUAUUGGUACAUCUUGCAAUGUCGAUCACUGCUUCAGAUAUCACCUGCUGCAGGAAGAUCCGAAUCUGCCUUUUGUGUCCCAACUUUAUAAAACUAAACCAUUUUAUAUGCAAUGUGCUAAAGAACACAACUAAAUUUUAUGUCAAGUACAAGAAUCUAGGAUUCCAUAUAUAUUUUCUUAUAAUAAUUUACAAUUAAAAUGAUAUGUUUCUACAUGAA